UUGAACACAGCACUUUGUGACUUUGACGUAAACUUCAAACACAGCCCCCUUUCCUGUCUUCUCAUCAAGGAAAUAGGCUGAGUUUCAGAGAAAGGCGCUUCCAAGAGCACAUCAGGCCUUCCGGGCCAGUCCCUGCCCGGCUUGGCCGCUGUGCUCCGCUGGCGUGUCCAGAACCAGCUGUCUGUCGGCUUUGGGACCAGAGACCUUGCAGGUGGCCUGUGCCUCCACAUCCAUCAGCACAUCCCCAGAGUCUGAAGAGGCGCAGGGGCCCGCACCCUGCUCAGGGCAGCGGCGGCGAUGCCGACCCCGCGGCGCACCUGCCCUUCUUCUACGGCAGCAUCUCGCGCGCCGAGGCCGAGGAGCACCUGAAGCUGGCGGGCAUGGCCGACGGGCUCUUCCUGCUGCGCCAGUGCCUGCGCUCUCUGGGCGGCUAUGUGCUCUCGCUCGUGCACGACGUGCGCUUCCACCACUUCCCAUCGAGCGCCAGCUCAACGGCACCUACGCUAUUGCGGGCGGAAAAAGCGCACUGCGGCCCCGCUGAGCUCUGCGAGUUCUAUUCGCGCGACCCAGACGGGCUGCCUUGCAACCUGCGCAAGCCGUGCAACCGGCCGUCGGGGUUCGAGCCACAGCCCGGGGUCUUCGACAGCCUACGCGAUGCCAUGGUGCGCGACUACGUGCGCCAGACUUGGAAACUAGAGGGCGAGGCCCUGGAGCAGGCCAUCAUCAGCCAGGCCCCUCAGGUGGAGAAGCUCAUUGCCACGACGGCUCACGAGCGGAUGCCCUGGUACCACAGCAGCCUGACGCGCGAGGAGGCGGAGCGCAAACUCUACUCAGGCUCACAGACGGACGGCAAGUUCCUGCUGAGACCCCGGAAGGAGCAGGGCACCUAUGCGCUGUCUCUGAUCUAUGGGAAGACUGUGUACCACUACCUCAUCAGCCAGGACAAGGCGGGCAAAUACUGCAUUCCCGAGGGGACCAAGUUUGACACGCUCUGGCAGCUGGUGGAGUACCUGAAGCUGAAGGCCGACGGGCUCAUCUACUGCCUGAAGGAGGCCUGUCCCAACAGCAGCGCCAGCUCAGAGGCCGCUGCUCCCACACUCCCCGCGCACCCGUCCACAUUCACCCAGCCUCAGAGACGGAUCGACACGCUCAACUCAGAUGGAUACACCCCCGAACCAGCAUGCCUAGUGUCCUCAGAGAAGCCGCGAUCGAUGCCCAUGGACACCAGCGUGUACGAGAGCCCCUACAGCGACCCCGAGGAGCUCAAAAACAAGAAGCUCUUCCUGAAGCGCGAGAACCUCCUCAUGGCUGACAUAGAACUUGGCUGCGGCAACUUCGGCUCCGUUCGCCAGGGCGUCUACCGCAUGCGCAAGAAGCAGAUCGACGUGGCCAUCAAGGUGUUGAAACAGAACACGGAGAAGGCGGACAAGGACGAGAUGAUGCGGGAGGCGCAGAUCAUGCACCAGCUGGACAACCCCUACAUCGUGCGGCUCAUCGGCGUCUGCCAGGCCGAGGACCUCAUGCUGGUGAUGGAGAUGGCGGGCAGCGGACCACUGCACAAGUUCCUGCUCGGGAAGAAGGAGGAGAUCCCCGUCAGCAACGUGGCGGAACUGAUGCACCAGGUGUCCAUGGGGAUGAAGUACCUGGAGGAGAAGAACUUCGUGCACCGUGACCUGGCGGCCCGCAAUGUCCUUCUGGUCAACCGGCACUAUGCCAAGAUCAGCGACUUUGGUCUCUCCAAGGCACUGGGUGCUGACGACAGCUACUACACUGCUCGCUCGGCGGGGAAGUGGCCGCUCAAGUGGUACGCGCCUGAGUGCAUCAACUUCCGCAAGUUCUCCAGCCGCAGUGACGUCUGGGGCUACGGGGUCACCAUGUGGGAAGCCUUCUCCUAUGGCCAGAAGCCCUACAAGAAGAUGAAGGGCCCCGAGGUCAUGGCCUUCAUCAAGCAGGGCAAGCGGAUGGAGUGCCCACCAGAGUGUCCACCUGAAAUGUACAAACUCAUGAGCGACUGCUGGACCUACAAGUGGGAGGACCGCCCAGACUUCCUGACCGUGGAGCAGCGCAUGCGCACCUACUACUACAGCUUGGCAAGCAAGGCCGAGGACCCUGCCGCGUGCGGAAAGGGGGCCGAGGCUGCGUGUGUCUGAGCUCCAGCCUGCCAGCCCCUAUGCCCCAGCUUUUCCUCCUGUGUCCUCAGCUCCCUCCCAGGACCUCCAGUCUGGCUGAGCCCAGCUCAGUUUCUCUCCCCACCACCAGCUGGGCUGUGAUAAGGCGGACAGCUCAGGCCUCCGGCCCACACUGGUCUAGUAUUCCCUGCCCGGUCACCUGGCCCCUCUGGCUGGGGUAGGAGGCCGAGACCCAGGCAAGGUGGUCCUGGGCUGGAAUCUACUGGGAGGCCUUGAGCUGAGGGGGCGUUGCUUACAGCAAGGACCCUCCUUCCUCUGGGCCCAGAAGGGCGGACUUCCGGAGUCCUCAGGUGGCAAGACCCCAAUCAUUGGAAUAAACGCAGCUUCUCUCU